AUGGACUAUCACGAGACCCAACAGGCUGGUCAGCAAAACAACACCCCGGUGGGUCCGAACUCAGAGGCGCUGAACCACGACACGGCCGCCGCCGCAGCCGCCGGAGGAGCCGCCCUGAACCAGAACCAGCCGGCGCAGAAAUCCAGCAAGAAUAAGCAUCGCGAUGUCACCACAAAGGGCAAGUACCUGUUGAACGAUUUCCAGAUUCUUCGGACGUUGGGCACGGGCUCGUUUGGCCGUGUGCACUUGUCACGGUCGGUCCACAACGGCCGGUUCUACGCCAUGAAGACAUUGAAGAAGGAGAGGGUCAUCAACAUGAAACAGGUGGAACACACCAACGAUGAGAGGAGAAUGUUGAAGCUCGCGCAGCAUCCGUUCAUCAUCCGCAUGUGGGGCACGUUCCAGGACUGCCACAACUUGUUUAUGAUUAUGGACUACAUCGAAGGCGGUGAGCUUUUCUCCUUGUUGCGUAAGUCUCAGCGGUUUCCUACACCCGUGGCUAAGUUUUACGCUGCCGAAGUGUUUCUCGCCAUCGAGUACCUCCACAACCUUGAUAUCAUCUACAGAGACUUGAAGCCAGAGAACAUUCUCUUGGACAAAAACGGGCACAUCAAGCUUACCGAUUUCGGCUUUGCCAAAGAGGUCACCGACGUGACAUACACCUUGUGCGGUACGCCGGACUACAUUGCGCCGGAAGUGGUGGCAACCAAGCCGUAUAACAAAUCCGUGGACUGGUGGUCCUUUGGCAUUCUUAUUUUUGAGAUGCUCACGGGCUACACGCCGUUCUACGACCCCACGCCCAUGAAAACGUACGAGAACAUCUUGAACGGUACCAUCACGUACCCAGACUACUUACCGCCCGACAUCCUCGACUUGCUCCAGAAACUCAUUGUGAAGGACUUGACGCAGAGACUAGGUAAUCUUCAGAACGGCAGUGACGAUGUGAAGAACCACCCGUGGUUCAAGGAGGUCAUUUGGGAGCGUCUACUUUCGAGAGACAUUGAGACGCCGUACGAGCCGCCCAUCACGUCCGGUGUGGGCGACACAUCGCAGUUCGACCGUUAUCCCGAGGACAAGGAACUCGAUUACGGUAUCACGGGCGUCGACGAUCCGUAUGGGGAGCUUUUCGCUGACUUUUAA